CACAGACAGCAGUGAAGAAAGGGUAUGUAAGAUUCUGUUCUCGUGCAGCCGCUGUAGUAGGAGAGUUCUGGGCUAUGUGACCAUUCGCCACCCUUACUCGACAGCGUUUGGACUACAUGGAACUCUGCUGAUCAGGCUGUUACUCACACUUGUCAUCAUGUUGGCAGAAGGCAUCUUAACUAGAUUCAUAUAUAAAGAAAGCUGUCAUCAAGAUAAGCCUCACAAAUCUCAUGCAUCCAGAAAGGAUAAAGAGGGAAUCUGGAGACAGAAACUUGUAGACAACCCAAAAAUCAGAGGCUUUGCUGAUGGACAUGAGAAGCAGGGUGAGAUCUCUGCUAGAAGCAGCAAAAUGGAACACAGGAGCAGUCCUCAGCGGAGAUCUGCAGAAAAGGAACCUGCAAAGGCACAGAAAGUGCUUGUUAAAGGAACCGUGUCACCGGCUUUGCACAUCCCCAGAAGAGAACAGGAUACUGAUGAGGUGGAUUUGUACAGGUCCUGGUUGUGCAACAGCAUUUACCAAAACUACCCUGACCUGCACAUUGGGGGAGACCACGUGGGGGACCAUGCGUGUGAUUCCGGUUGUGUUUUGGACCAUGCGUGGGAUGAACUUCCCGAUGGCCCUGUUUUACUGUCUGCAGAUAUCCCUCUAGGUCAGUCCCUUCCAUGUGAGCAUCCCGAAAAACCAAGUGUGAAGUCCCUGUCUGGAGAUGAAGCUGGGGAAAGGAGUAUUGUGCUCUGUGAGGAGCCCCUUUCAAACUCUGUGCUCAACAGGUACAUGGAAACAAAAGUGGCAGAGCUCUAUAAAGAGGUUUUUGAAGAAAACCUGACCAGAUGUGGUUCUGUAACAAACCUCCUCACCUGCAGCUGGAUAAGGAAUAACCUGACUCAGAUAAGCUUUCAGCUAUCACAGGAGCAGAAUAUCGAAGCAUCGAAAGCCAGAGAAGUGCUCUUGCACUCUUUAGCUUUGUUUAGUUUGUGCAACGCUACCAAUAGGCAUAGCUCUGAAUUCAGUACUCCAAACUUACAAAUCUCAAACCCAACAUGCAUGAGGAAGAGCUGCAGGACGCAGUUUACAUCGUGACUGAUGACUUAGCUGGAGCAGUGAAUGUGGUUUGGAUGCGGAUAUUUCACUCCAAGGAUUAGGCUGGGAAAUUAAAACAUUUACACACUACAGACUUUCCCAAAUGACUAUGUUAAGGCUUGACCCAUACUUUGUUAGCAGAGGAAGUAAAGGUCACUGUUUCCUUUUUUCCUAAUAUAGAAUUUGAAAUUAAUUUCUCUCUAAAAUACUACUCAACCAUAUUUUUAUACUGUAUAUGUCCUCCUAAGACUCUAUCUGUAUGAAUAGUCAUGUACCAUUGGGUUUAUUCCUAAAAGAAAGAAGAAUAAGUUGAAACAUGGCUGAUAAAACUUUCCUCUAAGAGACUGAUCCACCCAACCAGACAGUGAAAGAGGUUGUCUUUGCUGGACUGGACUAUGUAGUUGAAGCCCAAGUUUGAACUACUGGGGUUCAAAUUUUGCUCCUGCAAAGCUUGAUCACAGUGGAAAAUGUUUCCUCGGUUUGAAAACCUUGUGAGCAGGUGCAGAUGUGCAGGACCUGGGGGUUAUUUUGUGUGUAUCAUACAUAGGAAAUGUAUUGACAUGAUAACGUGAAUGAAGACACUAAUGUUACUGCAAAUGUACGUUUGUACUGCGUAGGUGCAGUAUGUUACAAUGAAAAUCUGGGUGAUAGUUGAUCAAGAUUGUAGAAGUGUUUAAUUUUCUUUAAGAAAUGGUUUUCUUUUAAAUAAAUCCUUACCUCUCUGAUGAAACCCGUGCAGCUUUCUGUCAGUAUACUGUAGGUUAUGGUUUAUUUGUGUUUUUAGUAAAUGGACUCUGCUUUUA